AUGCGCGUGCGAUAUGGCAAGCUCCUGGCCAUUACAAUCGCUUCUUGGCCGCAGCACCAGGUUGCAGCCGUUUCGGCCUCCAGUGAGGAGGAGCACGGCGGGAUCGACGACUUCCUGGCAGAGGACGUCGCGCGGCUGCAGGUGUCACUUCUCCAGUCCUCGCUGACAGUGGCGCGGACGGAGCGAACGCAGGAACAGGAGCAAGCACUCUUCGCCACCCCUGUUUCGGGGAUACAGCCGAGCUGGCUUUGGGAGGUGGAGGGACUUUCGAACUAUGGCAGAGCCGCGAAGGCCACGAUGAGCAGGCAUCUGAGCCUCGUCCUGCAGCUGACGCUGCCCACAGACAGGACGGCCGUCAGCGGCCUACCAGCACUGGUGGUUUUCAUGGUCGCCGCAUUGGUGAUGGUGCUGUUUGUUUCGCAGAUGAUCGGAGUCUUCUUCGAAGAGAGGAGCAAGGAGGACUUGCGCUACUUCGGCCCAACCGCCGAAGGUCCGAAGCCACGCUGGCCCGCGGACUUCGCAGGCGAUGCUCAGGAGCGGUCGACGAUUGGGGGGUGGAGUUUGCCACCGAUGACACUGCCGAACACGCCCGUGGCCAACCUGGAGGGGGCGUCCAGCGCCGUGUCCACCUUGCCGUUGCUGGACCGCUGGUCUGAACCGGUACGAUCCGGGAGCCUCACCGGGACGCUGCCCGAGGCCUCGGAUCGGGCCGCCUUGAUCCCACGGCUCAUUCAGCCGUCCGCCGAGGCCCAAUUCCACGUGCCCGCAGAGGGCCUUAGCUCGCUGUGGCGAGGCGAGAGUCCGGUGGGGAUCUUCGGCCCGGGCGGGCACACGCUGCUCUUCGCGCGCUUCAGCCAGGACAGCAAGGAGCGGCAGUGGCUGGAGCUGUCGACUACUGCGAACACGCAGUUUCCACACUGCCGCGUGGGACCCCUUCGUCAAGAUGCGGCCGGAGUAGACGUCCGAGGGCCGGCUGGUGAGCGCUACGCGCUCCUGCAGCGCUUCGGGUCACAGUGGCAGCUCCGGCGCGCCGAAGGCCAGGUGCUGCUGAGCAUUGGCGCCAAUGUGGGAGGUCCUGGCCUCACAGCAGCGACUGACGGCCAGCUGACGGCCACGGCGUGGCCGGAGCACGCUGCAGGCGGACUGGUCGUGAAGGUGAGCCCCGGGAGGGAUCCCUUGCUGGCGCUGCUCUGCCUGCUGGCGGUUCUGCUGCUGUCGCCAGAACUGUCGGGCCUGGGUCACUGA